AAACCCUCCUUUUCGCUCAUCGCAGACACGCUGGACCAUGAGCAACCCAGUGCGCACUCUCCUCCUCGUGCUCGCCCUCGCGAGCGCGGCCCCGGUGCCGGCGCCCGAGGAGAAGGCGCUCGGCGACGGCGCCAUCUUCAAGGCCGGCGUCCUCGCCGUCGCCGGCGACAACGCCGACGCCGCGUCGAUCCUUGCGGACAAGAAGGACGAGGUCAAGCAGGGCCUCAGAGAGGGCAUCGAGGAGGACCACGACUACCAGGACUUCAAGGAGCAGCGCCGCGAGCAGGAGCAGGCCAACCUCGACCAGCAGCGCCUCGCGCCGGAGGAAAAGGAGCUGGGCGACGGCAAGGUCCUCGGCGCUGCCAUGCUCGGCAUGAUGGGCGACCGGCAGGGCGCGGCGCACAUCCUCCACCACAAGGCCGAGGAGGUGGCGGACGCCAUGUCGGGCGACGACCGCAGGCCCGGCCGAGACGACGACGACGACGGCUUUGGACGCCACUCGCACAAUCAGGGCUACGGCCACCGCUCGAACCGCUACGAGGGCUAUUACGGCGACUAUAGCUCGCACGGGCGCGCACUCGAGGACCCGCUGUCCGCCUUUGCUGAUAUGGCCGCCAGCAUGCUCGGCGGGUCGUCCGUCGAUACUGCGCCACCCAAUGCCGCUGAGGCCGCAGAGGCGGCUGCGUCCGGCCCACUCUCCCCGCCGCCACCUCCCGCGGAGCUGGCCCUGGGAUUCGCGGACGAUGCGUACCCCGAGGCGCCCAAGGAGAAGGCGCUCGGCGACGGCGCCAUCUUCAAGGCCGGCGUCCUCGCCGUCGCCGGCGACAAGGCGGACGCCGCGUCGAUCCUUGCGGACAAGAAGGACGAGGUCAAGCAGGGCCUCAGAGAGGGCAUCGAGGAGUACCACGACUACCAGGACUUCAAGGAGCAGCGCCGCGAGCAGGAGCAGGUCCGGCAGCCGGAGCGGCCGUACGGCGCUGAGGCUGCCAACCUCGACCAGCAGCGCCUCGCGCCGGAGGAAAAGGAGCUGGGCGACGGCAAGAUCCUCGGCGCUGCCAUGCUCGGCAUGAUGGGCGACCGGCAGGGCGCGGCGCACAUCCUCCACCACAAGGCCGAGGAGGUGGCGGACGCCAUGUCGGGCGACGACCGCACGCCCGGCCGCUGGGACGAUGGCCGGCGCCGCCCUGAUGGGUACGGCCCGGACUGGCACCCCGCGCCGCCGGGGUGGCGCCCGCCGCCCCGCUACCACGGCCCGCCUGGCCGAUGGCACCAGGACUCUGCCCACUGGCACGGCGGCCGCUGGGACUACAGCUAUGCAUGAGGGGACAGGCGCGGCCUAGAGGAGAGGCUCCGUAGCUGCGCGACCGUGGGUGGGCGAGGACACGUGGGAUGGAUGGAGGGACGGAGCGAGAGAAGGAGGAAUGAUUGAGAUGGUAGCUUUUUUAGUGACAGCGUGUACACCAUGACUCCGUGUCUAUUCUUGUCUAUGGCCAUGUAGAAGGGUCUUUUACCCA